AUGACGAACAUCCAGCGAGGUGGAAAAGUCAUAGCAAUGGCUCCGAUGAGCCAGCUGCAGGACGCAAAGUGUCCCGAGGACGACUGGACUGGUCUCCGCGACCGAGCCGAGAGGCGGAAGAGACAGAACCGACUCAACGUGAGGGCCCACCGCAGACGGAAAGCUGCUGGUUUACACAGCACAGCAGACUCGACUGCCGUCAUUGUCCCACCCACGCGGACGGAACAGACCGUUGUUCGCCGGAAAACACGCCAAAGCCCGAAUUCCGCUGCCGUGAUAAUCACCACCACGUCAGCCGCCAACUCUGCGUUAACACUGCCUAUUGCAUGUGACCUGUCCGGACGUCCCGUCCGCCCAGCCUUCUCCUUCCCCUUAUCGAGAGAUCACCUCAUUUCCAUCAUCGAGCUCAACGUCUACCGCGCCUCCCUGACCAACAUCUACAUCCUCGGGGCGUACAGCCUCCUUUGUGACUCAGAAUGCGGAUACGCCGUUAACAACUCCGAGCCCCCCUUGUUUCCAUGGGCUGGCUACCAGCCCUCCGGCAAUAUCCCGGAGUCCCUGAGGCCGACGCCGCUCCAGCGGAGCACCCCUCAUGAGGUGUGGAUAGACAUACUCCCGUCAGCCAGGAUGCGGGACAACGCAAUCGUCGCGGUGGCCGAGGGCAGGCUGCGCAAUGAGGACUUGUGUGCGGACAUCCUGAGGGGCAUCUGUGGAGAGGGCAAGGGUUGUGGAGAGGACAAGGGGCGGGAUUGGACUGUUCGGAUCGUGGCUGGCUCCGGUGGUGGUGGUGAUGAUGAUGCUGUAGAUGAGGCACGGCUGAUAGUCUGGAAAGACCCGUGGGAUCCCAGCGGGUGGGAGGUCACGGAGGGCUUUUUGAGGAAGUGGGGAUUUCUGCUCCGGGGUGAUGGCGAGGAUGAUAUGGUGAGGGCGACGAACCGAUGGCGGGCUUUGAGAGGGGAAGACCCCAUCGUCUGGGAGGUUGAGUGA